AUGCUCCUGAUAACGGCUGGCAGACGCCCGCUCCUGCCAACCCGCCAACGACUGCUGCAUUUCUCCGCCAGUCAUCCCUCAUGGCGCCCUCGCCUAUCGACGGGGCUUCGCACCCAAAAUGGGUCAUGGUCCCGGCGUCUUUUGGCGCCAGGCCGGCGAGCUACUGCGCGCUUCAGCCGACAAGCUGAAGCGAGCACCAGAGGCCUAGACUGCAUGGGCCAUGUGGCGUGGGCUCUCGCGCCUGAGUGUCUGCUGCGUGCCCGCUGGUCUCGGCUUCUUGAUGGGUCUCGGUUUCCUGACAGGUCUCAGCUACUUGACAGACCAUGGCAACAACAUUCGUCAGCAGCGCCGGCCGGCUGGCCUCGCGAGGCGUCAAAGUUGGUUCAAGGGACGCAAGGGGAACGUGGAAUGUCUGGCGCCGUAACGAGAAACAACGGCCUGCGCCACACGUGGGACUGGCUGCGCGGCACGACGCCCGGCGUCCUGACGACGGCCAUCCGCCAUCACGGCUGGGGCGUCGUGCCCAACCAGAUCCUGCCGCCGCUGCUGGCCAACGUGACCGUCGGCGCCGUCCUCUACACGAGCUACCUCCAGAUCCUCGGCCAGCUGCACGAGGAGAGCGCGAGGGCCCGCCGCACCGUCUACCCGCCACCCGAGCCCGUCCACACCUUCACGGCCGGCCUGCUCGCGGGCGCCCUGCAGAGCCUCGUCGCGGCCCCGCUCGACGCCAUCCAGGCGCGCUACGACCACCGCGACCUCCUGCCGGCCGACGGGCGCGGCGGCGCGCCCAAGAGCAUGUGGACCUUCAGCGCCGAGAAGCUGCGCGAGAUCGGCCCCGGCGGCAUCUUCGCCGGCUACGGCCUCUCGCUCCUCAAGGACGGCCUCGGCAGCGCCGUCUUCUUCAGCACCUUCGAGUACGUCAAGGCCCAGAGCUACUACCGCUUCGUGACGUGGUACUACGGCGACCUCAACGAGGACAUGGCCAACCUCUUGGCGACGCGGCGGCCGACGCGUGCUGGCGGCCGCGCCGCCGACAACGACGGCAUCACGCCCCUCAUCAUCAAGCCGCACUACGCCAUCGAGCCCCUGUUCCUGCUGCUCGCCGGCGUCACCGCCUCGUUCGCCCAGCAGGCCGUCAUGCACCCGUUGACGCACUUCCAGCUCGAGCACUGGGACCACCUCGAGGACAUUGACCAGAAGACGGCGAACAGGCGGGCCGACGCCGCGGCCCGCGGGCGGCGCGCCGGCGCGGGGGUCCAUCUUCCGCAUUCAUCCAAAAAGGGUGAAAAGGGGGGGAUUCCCCGUGGUCCUGGAGACGUGGGCGCAGUGCGAGGCGGCGGCGGGCGGCCCAGGGCCGGAGCGUGCGCAGCUGGCUGUACCGGGGGUUCUGGUGGAACACGAUCCGUCAGGGUGCCCAGCACGAGCGCCGGCCUCAUCAUAUUUGAGCUCGUGCGGAGGAAGUACGGCCUGCGCAGCGACGAAGUGCGCAUCAACAAGGACGGGUACGAUAUCCAGCUGAACUAG